ACAGCACAACACACCAGUAACCCUGUCUGAUGUGAUCAUUAACCUUUCUGGAAAAGGCAGCUGGCAGUUCUCUGAGGUUUGUCAUUAGAAUGUGAGAAGAGCCACGCAGAUAUUGCACAGACUGUUGAAAGAAGUUUGAUUUACUUUGAGAGCUACUGCUCCAUUUUAGUGUGGCAGAAAAAUGAGAUUUCAACAAUUCUUUUUUGUAUUUUUAAUUUUUAUGAUGAGUCUUCUUAUCAAUGGACAGAGACCAGCUAAUUUGGCUACGAGAAGGAAACUACACAGAUUCAGCUGCCAUCAGAGGAGAUGUAUGCCUCUCCAUUCACGAGUGCCCUUCCCCUGAGAUCUUCUCUUGCUAACUUCACCCGGUCUGCCAGAUGAAGAAGAAGAGUGAAUGAAAAAUAUCCACCCACACAAUAGUGUGCUUGCUUAGAAGUUCCUGUAUGAAAAGUAAUCCUUUGAAAGCACCUGGGAUGUCUUAUUAGUUUCACAAGAUUCUCUUUUUUCUGUUUUCUUUUUAGAGGGAAAAUAACAUAAAUUCAAAAGCAAUUACAGUCUGAAGCACAGUUAUUUACCUGCAUAACAAAAAUCUCUCAUCUUUUUC